CUCCCGGCUGACAGAACAAGAUUGUCACCACGCUCCCUCCCGGCUCGGUAUAUCAGCGGCCGCCGGAGCCCGUCACCUCCAGCAAGCGCGAUGCCGUCGGGCUGGUUUGUGCUGUCCCUGCUCGGCGUCCUGGUGGUGGCUUCGGCCGCAGAUGCAGAUGAUGGACCUCCGAUUGUCAUCACCAAGUACGGAGCCCUGGAGGGGAAGCAGGUGUCGGUGAAGGGAAUGGCCAAGCCCGUCUAUAACUACCUCGGUAUCCCUUUUGCGAAGCCGCCAGUUGGUCCCUUGAGGUUCUCCGUCCCGCAGACUCCAGAGACGUGGACUGGAACACGAAAGGCGACGACCUUCGCUCCAGGAUGUCUACAGAAUUCAACUAUAACAGAGCUUCUGUUAGAUUUGCUCCCAGUUACCUCAUGGCCAGCAACGUACAGUGAAGAUUGCCUGUACCUGAAUGUGCACACACCUGUCCAGCCCAGUGACAACAAGACAAAGCUUUCCGUUAUGGUCUGGAUUCAUGGCGGGGCCUUUGUGGUGGGGAAUACAUUACUCUACGACGGAUCUUCACUUGCAGCGUACGAGGACGUGGUGGUCGUGGUGAUCCAGUAUCGGCUGGGAGUUCUUGGAUUCCUCAGCUCAGCGGACGAGCAUAUGCCGGCAAACCUGGGAAUGAUGGAUCAGAUUGAAGCGCUGAAGUGGGUCCAAGAAAACAUCAAGAGCUUCGGAGGAGAUCCCAACUCGGUCACCAUAUUCGGGGAGUCUGCUGGAGGAAUUUCUGUAUCAUUGCUCCUUGCUUCCCCCUUGGCGACAGGUCUGUUCCACAAGGCGAUAUCCGAGAGUGGCACUGCUCUCUACAAAGUACUUUUUAACCCUGAUCCAAAUGCGACAGUUCAGGAGAUCGCAGGCAAGGUGGGCUGUGGUCUGAGCACCUCACUGGAGGUUGUGACUUGCCUCAGGAGCAAGUCUGAAGUAGAAAUACUUAACUUCACUGGGAGUGCGAUGUUUGCACCUAUAGUGGCAGAUGGGAUCUUCCUAACGAAAAAUGCCGAGCAGCUCUUUGAAGCCAAAGAAAUCACUGUGGUCCCCUACUUGUUGGGAAUCACUAAUCACGAAUGUGGUUGGUUAAUAUCAAUGAUGCUGAAUCCACCAGGCUGGGAGGACGGACUGGACAGGGAGACCUCCAGAAUGAUCAUAAAUGCAACAAAUUUUCUGACAGACGAGGAGGUGCAACGAGUCCAGGAAGAGUACAUGGGAGACACACAGGACAGGAUAGAGAUCAGAGAUCUACACCUUGAGUUGCUGGGAGAUGUGCUUAUGUUAGAGCCUACAAUCCGAGCUGCAAGAUAUUUCAGAGAUGCAAGGUGUCCUGUCUAUCUGUAUGAGUUCCAGCACAGGACGAGUGCCCUUAGAAAGAAGCGCCCUGAUUUUGUGAAGGCUGACCAUGGAGACGAGAUUGGAUAUGUCUUUGGUAGUGCUUUCUGGGAUGGAGACAUUUUGAUAAACGGGAGUAUGACUGCUGAGGAGAUGGCAUUGAGCAGAACUAUAAUGAAAUACUGGGCCAACUUUGCCAAGACUGGGAACCCCAAUGGCGAGGGACUGGCACUGUGGCCACUCUAUGAUCAGAGUGAGAGCUACCUGCAGCUGAACCUGAAGCCGACGGUUGGGAUGAAGCUGAAGGAACAUCGAAUGAAAAUCCUGACCAAAGUCUGGAAUCCCCAAGCUGGGAGCGAGAUCAAACAAACCCCAGAGAACCUUGCUGGGGCAGAGACCGAGCAAAGCUCAACAGGUGAUAAAGGCCAGAAAGUAGAACUGUAGCCUCCAGCAAGCACAUGUUAAACCCCCGGCUUAAAUGAACUAACUCUGUGAGCCUGCUUCCAGCUGGGUAUCCUCAAUGCCACUGGAAUGGUUACGCCAAUCCGGUUAAGCAAAAUGAGGGGUGCAGAAGCCUUUCAGCUGAUCUAACCCAACUCAUUCACUAACAAAUUCUCUUCAACCCAUCACCUCUAUAGGCAGUUGACAACAGCUUGCUUUCCCUUACACAAAGUGCUGGAGGAACUCUGCAGACAGACAGCAUCUAUGGAAGGAAUACAACAGUCAAAGUUUUGGGCUGAGAUCCUUCACUUAGAAUGCUACAGAAUCUGGAAUCUCUGGUAUUGAUGAUUUCUUGCCCAGUUUGGAGGAAGCGUCACCUGAUCUGAAACAUUCCAGUUUCUCUCUCCAGGGACACUGCCUUACUGACUGACUUCACACGUGCUUGGUUUGGUCCAGUUUCCUCCUACAAACCAACGAUUAAGAGGUUAAGUACUGGUUAAGAGGUUAAUUGGUCAUUGUAAAUUGACCUGUGAUUAGGCUAGUGGUAAAAUAGGUGGGUUGCUGGGCGAUGCAACUCUUAGUGGCAGAAGGGCCUGUUCUACACUGCAUCUCUAACUAAAGUUAACAGUUGACUUCACAACAGUUGUUUCCCUGUUGAAGAGAUCCAAGCUCCACCACCUCCUGGAUCCAUUUCCUAACUAGAUUCUUGAAAGGUCUGGUUCUCAUCUCUGCACCUCAGUAUGAGGGUGUCCAUCACAAGGAUAGCUUUCAUCUCUUUACUCUGUGUUACGUAUCCUGUAACUAGAUAACUCACCAGCAAAGAUAGAGAGGUCCAUUGGAGUCUGAUGGCACUAUUUUCAAACGUUUUAUUCAAAAGGGGAGCACAAAAAACAGGGUUAAUACAAACAUUCAAAUUGAAUAUGUAAGUAAAACUCAAUCUAAAACGUGGGUAUAGCAAUAAUCAUCAUUAUGAAAUAAUCUCGACUGUUGUCUAGGGGAUAAUAUAUUGUCCGUUGGAAAUAUAAAAGUCACUCAGAAGUCUGCAGACUUUUGCCCUCCGGCUGGGUUUCACGUGUUUUAGAGGGAUCGGUGAAAACGAAAAGAGAACUUGCCCGGGUCUUUACGCAGCCACUCCGUUAAAUCAGGAGAGCGUUGUUUUCCCCUUUGUUAGUGUGUUGUCUUUCUCGGUAUCAUCAGUCACCCACUCCCUAGGCCAAAGGAGUUAGGAGCGCACGUGGCGUUGCGCGGCUUCCAGCUCUCUUGGGAGCGUUGAGCGAUCGAGUUCUUCGGGAGCGUCUCUCUCUCUGGGGUACCGCCUCCUGCAGCCCCCUUUUAUCUUUACCUGCCGAGUUGUGGCUGUCCAUCAAAGUAGGGUGAUGCAAUCUCCACCCCCACAUUGCUCGAGGGUAUUCAUGCCCAUGAUAGUUGUCACGUAGCCGGGACAUGCACGUGACACAGGUGCCCCUACGAACAAUGGUCAAAACCGUUGCAUUGUCUCUCGCUUCCAAGUCCCGAAUUAAUAGCGAUCUUGCGAUUCUCCGGAAGGAGGGGGCUGCUCCCGCUCCUUCGGCCCCUCAGAGCUGUGAUACCUUCAUAACACCUGUCACUUCCUUCAACACCCUGCAUAGAUCAGCCCCAAUGCCAAAACUCCAGUUUCCUUAUCGUGUAGUCCCUGAGGUCAAAGUUUCAUUUGGAUAAAUCUGAACUUCUACAGAGGCCAGUCUCUCCUUGAUUGGGCAGGGUCCAACCAGUGUGUAUAUUAGUGUGACACACCCUCCAACCUAUCCACUCCAGUCCUCUCUGUAAAGGCUAGCAUUUCAUCAGUUUUUCUGUAAUUUUCCAGAGUUUAAUAGUCUAUGUACAUGGUCCAGUGAGUCUCCAGUGUAAUUGCUGCUAUCCUUUUACUGAUUGUAAGGUACAAAGUUCUAUUCUUCAACAGGCUUGAAUUUUCCUACACUAAUAUCUGUUUGCCAUAAUUGUUCCUCUAUUUGCUUAAAUAUUUCUUUAUAAUUUAAAGGUGUCACUGUAACCUGAAUAUUGACCCGUUCACCAAUCCCAAUCCGUAUUUCAGAUUCAGAUUUAUUUAUCAUAUGGACAUGGAAGCACACAGGGAAAUGCAUCAUUUAACAACCAACACAAUCUAAGGAUGAGCCGCCAUGGUAGCGUAGCGGUUCGUGCGACCCUAUUACAGCUCGGGCGUGCAUUUCGGAUUUCAAUUCUGGUGUCCUCUGUAAGGAGUUUGUACAUCCUCGAUGUAGAGUGCUCUGGUUUCCUCCCACAGUCCAAAGACGUAUCAGUUAGAAGAUUAGUUGGACAUUGUAAAUUACCCUGUGAUUAGGCUGGGGAUAGAUCAGUGGGGUGCUGGCAGUGCGGAUUGAAGGGCCAAAUCAAUCAAUCAAUAAAUAAGUAAAUAAACGUGUUGGGGGCUGCCCGCAAGUGUCGCCACAAUUCCAGUCGCAACACAGCAUGCUCACCACAAACAACUGAUCCUCCACCAUUUUAGUAGCCAAGUGAAUAAUUUGCAUUAAUUUUCAUUUGCUGCAAGUCACAGAAACAGCAUUUUUGAGGGGGACUUUAUCAAGUGCCAGUGGAGGUCCGUUAAAUAUUGUGACGCUUCGGGAGAGGUAUGGUUGACAGCCUGCCCCUGCAUUUCUAAUGAUCAGUGCUGCUUAAUGUUAUGUUAAAAUGCUUUUGUGGGAUUAUGGUGUGAAGUUCAAAUUCAUUUAUUACAUUUUAGCUUGGGUUAUACAGUUAUUUGCUUGUGUAUUUGUGGGUCACCCAAAAUGUAACUGGGGUUUGCGAUGGACACCUCCCCUGUCUGUAUUAGACUGAGCUGUUCUCUCUCUGGGUCAUGGUGCUCAGUCUGUUUUCAAUUUAUCACAAUAAAACAGUUGUUGAGUUUAACAAGA